GUCAUUUCUCUUCAACUGUUUCCCCCCCUCCUCCAUCGGCCAUCCUCGUCCAAACACCCCACUACAUCGGCCAACAAGCGCAGAUACAAGCAAUAAUAGCCUGAAUUGCAUGUUUCGCCAUGUCAACCAGUGACGGGACUCUUGGUCGCACUCCAUAAAGGGUUGCUGUCCCCUUGCCCAAAAAUACAGCUCUACGUGAUUCCAGGUCUCUGUCGUAGCUCUCUUUCACUUUGGACUGAGAAUUCCGUGAUUUAACACUUCGAUCGACUACCUUACCUAUCCUCUUCACCAAGCCCGUUUCCUCCAAAGGCCACACAUACCUUUCACACAAUGUCGGAUGCUACCUUCGAGUUCCUGCCCCUGGGCGCCAUCCUGCAGUCCUUCAAGGUUAAGGGCGUCAACAUUGUCCAGGGCUUCCCGACCCAGGACCUCUACGAGAAGCACAACUCGCCUUACUUUGGCGUCACCGUCGGCCGUGUCGCGAACCGCCUCGCCUCGGCGCAGAUCAAGUCCCUCAACGGGGGAAAGACGUACAAGCUCGCCGCCAACGAUGGCAACAACAACCUGCACGGCGGCGCCAAGCCCUGGAGCUCCAAGGUCUGGGAGGGCCCCAAGCCCGUCGGCGUCCGGGCGAUCCCCGGCGUCGGGGAUCUCCAGGGUGGCGAGAGCGUCGAGUUCUCGCUCACCAGCGAGGACGGCGACGAAGGGUUCCCCGGAAAGGUUCAGGUAAAGGUCAUCUACACGGCCGGCACGCAGCAGGUGGAUGGCAAGGAGGUCUCGGUGCUGGGCAUGGAGUACGAGGCGCAGCUUGUCGACGGUGCCGAGGAGACGGCGAUUAACAUGACGAACCACUCGUACUUUAACCUCACGGGCGACGAGACGUUCGCCGGCACCGUCGCGACGCUGGCGACGAACGCGUACCUGCCCCGCGAGGACGGUAUCCCCACCGGUGGACCCGCGCCGUUCCCUGGCAUCGAGGGUGGCAAGCCGUUUGAGCUCGGCGUCGAGGCCCCUGCGGUGGACGACUGCUUUGUCGUCGUCGAGGAGAAGGAGGCUGGCGCGGUACCGAUUGAUACCCGCCAAGCGCCGCUGAAGCUGCACGUGCACGCGAAGCACCCCAAGAACGGGGUCAACCUCGAGGUUCUCAGCACGGAGCCGGCGUUCCAGUUUUACACGGGCGAGGGGAUCGAUGUGCCCGCCGUGGGAGGGGUUGCGGCGCGGGGCAAGAGGAGCGGGUUUUGUGUUGAGCCGAGUCGGUGGGUGAAUGCGAUUAAUGUGGAUGAGUGGAAGGGUCAGAUGUUGUUGAAGAAGGGGGAGACGUAUGGCACGAGGAUUGUGUACAAGGCUUGGAGCGAGUAGAGAGGCUUUGGAAGUUAUUGGUGCUGAGGGGUGGAUGUGAUGAUAUCAAUGAGUAUCUAGAAUGGAUAAUGAAAUUGCUUCAUAGUUAAAACCUGGUAACUGAUUUGCCUUGGCUUUUGGCUUCACAAGUCGGUGAGCAUUUCUCGUAAUCACCUCCCAAGGUAGAGACUGCAUCCGGCAGCGGUGCUCCUGAGCAGCGCUUCAAGCUUUGAGAGCCUGGGGAUACAUGUCAGCCAAUAACGUCCGUAUAGGAUGGAAAUGACCCGAUUUGGCUGAAUC